AUGAUGGCCAUGACGAAGGUCAUUCGGCCGCUGCAAGUGCUCGCGCUGCUUCUCGCACAGACCCGAGCGCUCUCGACCAUUGCAAAGCCAUUGACGACGACCUCUUCUUUAAGAGCGCCGGGCCUCCUGACGACGCCCGUGGAGUCGCUGCGGAGCCUCAUCGGCGAGGCGCGGACGCGCUCCGUGUGGAAGGCGCUGCGCGAGGGCCGGGACCCGUGCGUCCAGGAGGAGACGCCCGAGCUGUCGCGGUGGACGCGCGAGACGCUGACGGCGGCCUACGGCUCGGGCGCGGACGCGCGCUGCGCGGACGCGCGGACCGCCGAGGACGGGACGACGAAGCUCCUCGUGGAGUUCGGCGACCGCGACGCCGUCGAGGCCGUGCUCAUCCCGCAGCUCACGCGCGGCAAGGCGACGUCGACGUUGUGCGUGUCUUCCCAGGUCGGCUGCGCCAUGGGCUGCGCGUUCUGCGCGACGGGCAAGAUGGGCCUGAUUCGGUCGCUCACGGACGACGAGAUCGCCGCGCAGCUCUGGCUCGCGCUGCGCGCGGCGCGGAGCGUGCCGGACCUGCCGCCGCUGCGGUCCAUCGUCUUCAUGGGCAUGGGCGACGCGGGCACGAACCCGAAGCACGCCAAGGCCGCGGCGGAGUGCUUCACGGACCCGGACCGCUUCGGCUUCUCCCGGCACCGCCUGACGCUCUCGACCGUGGGGCCGUCGCCGUCGGCGUUCCUCGCGCUCGCCGCGGCGCCGGGCCAGCUCGCGUGGUCCGUGCACGCCGUCGACGCGGACCUGCGCAAGCGGCUCGUGCCGACGGCCGCCUGGGAGCCCGAGGCGCUCCGCGACGGUCUCUUGGACGCGCUCCGCGCGACGCGGCCCAUGCACUCCAAGGAGCGGAGCGUCAUGCUGGCCGUGACGCUGUUGGCGGGCGUGAACGAUAGCUUGGAGCACGCGCGCGCGCUCGCGGAGUUCGUGCAGCCGGUGAGAGCGGAAACGCCGCGGCUCAUCGUCGACCUCAUCCCCUACAACCCCAUCGACGCCGCCGACGCCUUCCAGCGGCCGUCCUUCGACGCCGUCAGCGCCUUCCAGCGCGAGCUCAAGGCCCACGCGCCGGGCCUCUUCAUCGGCGUCCGCAACGCGCGCGGCGACGACGAGGCCGCGGCCUGCGGCCAGCUCGCGACGAACGCGCAGAAGCGGCGAAGGUGA